AUGGCAUCUGCCGAUAGGCUUGGGUCUGCGCCCAGGGACGUGCCUUCAGGGGGCUGGGAGCCCGGCGCUGAGUCUGCAAGAGGCCACUGCUCACUGGCAGCAGCCGUCUCUGGGCUGGUGUCGGCAGGUCUCUCCAGCUGCUCAGGAGCCACCAGCAGUCCGAGAGGGAGGGGGAAGUUAACCGCUCCACCUACCCCUGUCGCUGGUCUCCAAGCCUCUCGGGACCUUUCUCCUUCCAGUUCUCCUCCGCAACGUCUUCCCGUGGUGUCUCCUUUUGAAGCAACUUCUCCAAGAUAUUUUUUCCAUGAAGCUAUUAAUUGGGGUGAGAGCAAAAUAAAAGGUUCUUGUCCUUAUGAAUGCCUUAACGGAGCUUUCUGUUCUAAGGCUGGUAUAUGUGACUGUCAAAUAUUUCAGGCUCUUGGGACAAGGUGCCAGAUCGUCCCAAACAUGGGCAAUGGCAGGGAUGGGAUUUGCAAAACCUGGGGACAGUAUCACUUUGAAACAUUUGAUGGCAUCUACUAUUACUUCCCAGGAAACUGUUCUUACAUUUUUGCAAAGGACUGUGGUACUUUGGAGCCUCGGUACACUGUAUGGGUUCAUAAUAGCCCUAAAUGCCUUGGUUCAGUGUAUUCUUGUUAUCGGUCAAUCAGCUUGUUCUUUUCAAACCAAGAGGAAAUUCGAAUUUAUGGUCAUGAAAUAAAAAAGAAUGGAAUCAGUUUAACAUUGCCUCAGACAAUUGGACAGGUUUUCAUUGAGAAACUAGCUGACUACAUUCUGGUGAAAACAACCUUUGGCUUUUCAUUGGCUUGGGAUGGAAUAUCUGGAAUUUACCUCAAACUGUCUGAGGACCAUAAAGGGAAACCAUGUGGCCUAUGUGGAAAUUAUAAUGGCAUUCAAUCUGAUGAUUUCAUAAUUCAGCAAGCUGAUAAAUGUGAUGAUAGCUUUGUCCAUCGGGAUUGUAUCAGUUGUUGCCCACCAACCUGCACAUUUGAGAAGCAAUGUCUUGGGAGCAAUCUUCAUUGUCUUGAUGGAUGUUACUGCCCAGAUGGACUUAUCAUGGAAAAUGGGACUUGCAUCUCCUUGGAAAAUUGCCCGUGUAGUUUUCAUGGAUUAGCUUAUUCAGUUGGUUCAAAAAUUGAGCAAGAAUGUACUGAAUGUGUGUGUGUUGGUGGAGUUUGGAACUGCACUGAGCAUGACUGCCCAGUUCAAUGCUCAGUUGUGGGUGAUUCUCAUUUUACAACUUUUGAUGGUCGACAUUAUUCUUUUAUUGGCAUGUGCCAGUACAUCCUCGUGAAAGGAACUGGAAAAAAUAAAUUCACAAUUACUUUACAGAAAGCUCCCUGUGAGCAGAACCUUGGCUUGGUCUGCCUUCAGUCUAUAACUCUAAUUCUGGAGGAUGAUUUUAACAAACAAGUGACCCUAAGUAGGGGAGGACAAAUCCUCACCAGUCCUAACCAAGGCUUCAAUCUGAAUGGUAUUGUUGAAAUUCACACUCUGUCAUCCUUAUUUAUACUUCUAAAAACCACAUUUGGUUUAAGGAUUCUGUUUGCUGUAGAUGGGGAAAGAAUUUAUAUUCAGCUCACCAGUGCAUGGAAAAGAAGAACUUUAGGUCUGUGUGGCACUUUUAAUGGGAACAUAAGGGAUGACUUUCUUUCUCCAUCAGGCAUGAUAGAAGGUACACCACAGCUUCAUGCAAAUGCGUGGAGAGUUUCCACAACUUGUUUUGCACCUGUUCAUGUCCCAAUGGUGGACCCCUGUAACAUUAAUCAACAAAACAUCGGGUAUGCAGCACACUGUGAUUUCAUCCACCAGGAGCUCUUUGCUCCUUGCCACGUCUACAUUAGCCCUGGGCUGUACUAUCAGCUGUGCCGCCACGACGCAUGCAAAUGCGGAAGCGCCUGCCUAUGCAACGCUCUUGCCCACUAUGCCUAUCUCUGUGGCCAGCGUGGUGUUCCCAUCCAUUUUAGGGAUCAGAUUUCAUUCUGUGCUGUGGUGUGCCAGAAGGGCAUGUUGUACCAUCACUGUUCCUCAUUUUGCCGCCGUUCCUGCAUUUCUCUCUCUUCCCCGGAGCUGUGUAAUGAUGACUGUGCCGAAGGUUGUAACUGUCCUGAAGGCAAAUUCUAUGAAGACACACUUAACUUUUGUGUGCCCAUAUUUCACUGCCGGUGUCAUUAUAGGGGGAGCGUUUAUCAACCUGGGGAGCUCAUUCCGACACCCUCGGGCUUAUGCCAAUGCUCGAAUGGGACUGUGAAAUGUGAUGAAUUAGCAACGCCCUCUACUGUUCACGUCUGCCCAGAGGGAAAAGAAUAUUUCGACUGCAGGUUUCCUAACCCUGAAUUACCAGCUGGUGGUAUAAAUUGUGAGACUACAUGUGCAAACCUAGCCAUGAACUUCACUUGUGCCCCAUCCUCACCUUGUAUAAGUGGCUGUGUUUGUGCUCCAGGAAAGGGCAUAGGAGGCAGAGAAAAGAAGGUCACAAAAGAACAAGUGCCCAUGCAGGGGAAAAUAAAGCCAGGUAGAAAUCAGGUCUUAGAGCAGAGUACGGAUGAUUCAGAUAUAUCUGUCAUUGCCCAGAACAAGAAAUGCUUUGACAAUGAUAUUGUCUGUUCUAAAAGUGUUCUGAUUUCAGUUGGGGAUACUGAAAUUUACCUGAAUGAUGCUCCUUACAAACAGAAAUUAUCAGGUUUUUUUCUGGAAAGUAAACAUACCUACCAGCUUUGGAAAGCUGGGUACUACAUAGUGGUAUACUUUCCAGAGAAAGAUAUCACUAUUCUUUGGGAUAAGAAGACAACUAUUCAUAUCAAAGUUGGACCACAGUGGAAGAUUGAUGUGACUUCUUUUGCCAAAAAUUGCCAUGAAGAUACAUGUAACUGUAAUCUUGGCGGGGAUUGUGAAUGUUUGUGCACUAGUAUAGCAGCGUAUGCAUACAAGUGUUGUCAGGAAGGACUGUCGAUUCACUGGAGAUCAUCUACUGUGUGUUCAUUGGCACUUGUUUCCUUGGAAUCUGCUGAAAGGCCAAACUACUUUCUCUAUGUCCACGAUGAUGACACUCUUAGUUUGAAACUAUGGGAGGCAAAUUCAGCCUUUCAUCGGAGAGCAACAUUUUUCCACCAUCAGGGCCUCUGGAUUCCUGGUUAUAGUGCAUUUGAGUUAUACAGCAAAAAAGGCUUUUUUAUCACGGUCACAGAUUCUAGUGUCAAAGUAUCAAAAUAUGAUGAUUCUGAAGAAUUUAAACAUUCAAGUAGCUUCAGUAUAGAAGAAAUCCAGGUAGCUGUGCCUUACAGGAGGAUGUGUGAAUGGAGGUAUGAACCUUGUGCCACUCCCUGUUUUAAAACAUGUAGUGACCCUGAAGCCCUAGCGUGUACUUUUCUUCCACCGGGAUAUGGACUAUACUCCAUGACCCUCAAAGUAAUGGGGAUUGCAUCUUCAUUUUUAACAGGUCCGGAAAUGAUUACUCCAUCAGAAAUCACUGUGUUUGAUAUGCUGACACCCACGACAGGUUUGGAAUGUGAGGUAGAAGUGGAUUCUAUUGUUGUGCCUUUGCCCUUUUCAAAUCAGGAACUGUCCAUAGAAGAUUCUGGUGCAAUGUAUGUGAUUACUACUCCAGCUGGACUAAUUAUAAAGUGGGCUCAUCUUACAGGAAUCAUAGACAUUCAUUUUGGUUUCCAAUUUAACUUGUCAUCGUAUACAGAAGGACUUUGUGGAAUUUGCAACGAAGAUCCAGAUGAUGAUCUAAGGAUGCAGAAUGGCACAAUUAUUACAAAUAUGGAAGACAUAGAAUUAUUUAUCGAGAGCUGGGAAAUUGAAAAAUCAUUUGAAGUAACAAUGAGAAGACCUGUUAGAAAUUGUACUGAGCACGAUUGUAGUCAAUGCAUUGAUUUAUUAAACAGAAGAGUUUUCAUUCCAUGCCAUGAUAAAGUAACUCUGAGUUGCCCAGAGGGGAAGGAAUAUCAACCCUGUGUGCGACCCUGUGAAGCAAGAACAUGCCUGAACAAAUGGUUCUAUGGACACUCUUUAUGUUUGAAUUUAAGGGAAGACUGUGUGUGCAAAGAUGGAACUAUUCUUCACAGGCCAUAUUCAACCCAGUGCAUUCCAGAGAAAGAAUGCGAAUGUGACCCAUUGAAAUGCCCCAAUAUUUCAACACCAGAAUGCAGAGAAGACCAAUUCAUGAUUCAAGUUCAACAGGAAGAACCUUGCUGUUUUUCCCCUGUCUGUAUUUGUGAAUCUUGCACUGAACCUAUUCCACUAUGUACCAAUGGGGAAUUUCUCACAGUGGAUCUUAACACCACACACUUCUGUUGUCCUCAGUAUUACUGUGUUUGUGAGCCAAAUCUUUGUCCUAUGCCACUACUCACCUGUGCAGAAGACAUGAAUCUUGUGAAAGAAAAUGUAUCUGGUCAUUGUUGUCCAACAUGGCGUUGUGAAUGUAAUUGUGAAAACCUUGUUAUGCCAACUUGUGAAGUGAGUUGUUCGGCCAUCAACACAAUUGCAUGCACUGAUAGUGAAGAACAACCCCGCACUGCUGGGGAGAUUUGGAAUGGAUGCAUUGAUGAAUGUGCCUUAUACAAAUGUCUGGAGAAUGGAAGCAUUAUUCCUAUAGAACCUGACUGUGAUGAAGAGCCCUCUCCGAUUUGUGAACGAGAAGCUGAAGUUGUUAUAGGCAUCACUGAUAAGUGGACCUGCUGUUCAAAGGAAGUUUGUGGCUGUGACAUGACUUUGUGUGAAACUACCAUGCCAACAUGUACAAAUAGUGAAAAAUUUAUUGUUGGCUACAGCUCUCUUUCUUGCUGUCCACAGUACAAAUGUGUCUUAGAAAAGGAUGAUGUGUGUGUAUUUCAAGAAGUAUCAGUAUUGAAUCCUGGACAAUCAAUGAUAAAGUAUUUGGAAGGGGACUUUUGUUAUACAAUAGAAUGUCUAGAAGAAAAAGAUAACCAUACAGGCUUUCACACUCUUAAUUUUACCAUGGUGAAGUGUUCAAAGGAAUGUGAUGUUCACCAGGUAUACACUCCAUCCUCAAGUGAUUAUGAUUGUUGUGGUACCUGCAAAAAUGUAUCCUGCAAAUUUCAUAUGGAAAAUGGAACAUCAGUUAUACAUGAGUGUGGCAAACGAGAAGAAAGAAUAUGUCAGAAAGUGAUCAUUAAAUCAAUCAUAAGGAAACAGGACUGUGUGAGCCAAAGCCCUAUAAAUGUUGCAUCUUGUGAUGGAAAAUGCCCUUCAGCUACCAUAUAUAACAUCAAUAUUGAAAGUCACCUAAGAUUCUGCAAGUGCUGUCGUGAAAAUGGAGUGAGAAACUUGACUGUGCCUCUGUAUUGCUCAGGAAACGGCACUGAAAUUAUGUACACUCUGCAGGAACCUGUGGAUUGCACAUGCCAGUGGAGUUAAACUCUUGGAUUUCAAAAACUCUAUACAGUAUCAUAUUGUCAAAUAGAGUUAACUUCUAUCACUGUUGCUUAGGCACUUGGCAGAUUUAUACUGUUUAACAAUAUUUUUCA